CGAAUGUAUCCGUAAAGGGAAGAAAACAUCAGCUGACUUGAUUGUAGUUGGAGCUGAGUUGAGGAGGUUGUGUGAGGAUUUAUCGGCAGAGUUACAGCUUUUAGGCUUUAGGUUUCCGUAACGUAAUAACAGGUUAGUGAAUAGACAGCCAUGUUACGACCAAAGGCGCUGACACAGGUGCUCAGCCAGGCCAACACCAGCGGCGUCCAAAGCACACUAUUACUGAAUAACGAAGGCUCGCUUCUUGCCUACUCGGGGUACGGGGACACGGACGCCCGGGUGACAGCUGCUAUUGCCAGCAACAUCUGGGCAGCCUACGACAAGAACGGCCAUCAAGCCUUCAAUGAAGACAAACUCAAAUUCAUCUUGAUGGAUUGUAUGGAGGGCAGGGUGGCCAUCACACGGGUUGCCAACCUGCUCCUGUGCAUGUACGCCAAAGAGACAGUGGGCUUUGGAAUGCUUAAAGCAAAGGCAGAAGCCCUGGUGCAGUACCUGGAGGAACCUUUGACCCAAGUGGCAGCUUCAUAGGGAAAAUCAGGCUGAAGCUCCCAAGUUUUGGCUCUGUCUGACUUGCCAAGAAAGCGUGGUGUCAUCCAGUUUAUACAUGGAGUACUGUGACAUUCUGUGUGUUUGCAUCGUAUACAUGGGUAUCUGAGUGAGUGAGGGUGUGUGGUUGUGUGUGCAGAAUGUGUGUAUUUAUAAUCAGGCUAUCAAUACUAAUCCUGUGUAUGGGUUCCUAACUGUUUGUCCCCCCCUGUUGCUCCAUUCACUUCAAAAGUCCAAACAGUAUGUCGGCGGCAAGUCUGUAUUUAGAGCUGCUGAAGUGAUUCCACUCUCAACUGGUGCAAUGAUCAAUUCAGUCAACUGCAGCUUUAUUUCAGAUAUGCUGAUCAUAUUUAGCAGUACAGAGAAUAUUUUGAAUCCUUUAAGGGGGUAAAGACAUGUAAAGUGUAAGGAAAUUUAUUCAGUUGAAGUUUUUUUUCACUGGUAAGACAAGAUCAAUGGCUAUUUUUUGUUUCAAACUUGUAUAAUAAACAAUUUGUGGAUUGAUAUUCACAACUU